UCAAAAUGUUCAUGAAAUUGUACUGGUGCUUUUAAAAUCUCAUUUGUAGUAUAUUAAAUUAAAAUUUAGUUGGUUACUUCAAAUCAAUUACAACAAUAAAUUCUGUAUAAAUGGUUGUUGUUGAAAUUUAGAGAAUUUAAUAUGGAUAAAUUUGUUAAUCGCGUGUCAACCUGGCAAACGGUAACCUACUCAAGUACGCUGCAUCGCUCCAGAAAGGGUCCGCAAAAUAUAAAUAAAAUUGUAAAGAAGAAACCAUUGUGUGAAAACCAACAACAAGGCGAAAGCGAUUUAAAUGCUCCUCUAAAAAAUAAUCGGCGAUUAAGUAUUCGAGACGAACAAUUAUUAAAAAUCUUUGCCAGUAAACCUGAUCAGCCCCUAGUACCUACAAAUGAAGACAGUGGGUUGAGCAGUAGUUCGCAUGGUUCUUUUGAUAAUUGCAAUGACAUAGUCAAACCUACUGAUGACAAUAAGUUAUUGCUUAUGGAAAAGCACAACUUGCGCAAAUUGAGCGACUAUGUGAGCAGUCCUGAUGCUAUGCGUUCACAAGAAAGACUCCUUAUUUCCCAAUUGCCUCCAGUAACACUCAAUGAAGUAUUUUAUGAAAAUAUCGAAAACAAUCCCAUAAAACCUACAGCUGAUAACACUAUUACUGCUCACUCAAAUAUUGAACACAUAAUCAACACGCAAAUACACACUAAUAUCACCCCCACUAAAGAACCUGCCAUACAAACAACACUAAGUAAAAAUCCUCAAAUGGCACGCAUACAACGUGAUCUCAACAGUCCAUCAGCAUCUUUACGUGUACGCGCGAUCAGAGCUCUAAACAAUCCUGUAAGUGGUGGCUACGCUAAUUUUGACAUCCCACAUGAGGAACAAAACAUUAUCACCUUAGAAGAAUACAAUCCAUCUCCACCACCAUCAAUAGAGGAACUCAUGCACGACAUUGUAGUAUAUGUUGAAGUACGUACUGGCGAAGAUAAUCGAUCAGAAGGUGUGAAGAAGGUUAUUUCACAACUAGGUGCACGCGUAAAUGACAAAUUACUAAGAGGUACAACACAUGUGAUAUUUAAAGAUGGUUUGCUGUCCACUUACAAAAAAGCUAAAAACUGGAAUAUACCGGUUGUUUCGAUUUUGUGGGUUGAAGCUUGCAAAAAAAAGCGGAUGAUAUGUGAUCCAAACGAGUUUCCAAUAUCAAAUAUAGAUCGCUACGAAAAUCCGGAACUUUACGAAAAAAUGAAGCGCCACAAGUCGAUGCAACCGGACUCAGAAUGCAAUAAACGUAUUCGACUGAAACAGGGUACACCUAAAGACUCUACACCUAAGACUGUAACGCUUACCAAAACACCGUCAACUAUAAACAAUACGCCGAAAUCUAGUAGAAAACAGAGUGAUAUAAGUCAAUACUUCCGAAAAUUAACUAAUGCUAACAACACACCCAUGACUGAUAACAAUAGUUUACCUGGGUCAACAAUAUCGAUAACGAAAUCUGAUAUUCCUGAGUCACCUGCUACGCAACUAUUAAAUAGGAUCGAGAGCAACUCGUUUACACCACUCCAACCUAGAAAAGUUCAAAGUGCAGCCAACGCAACUUUAGAAGUUGCUAUGCCAUUAAAGCCGUCUUACAGCAAUGAUAUAACGGAAGAACCUAUAGUAUCAGCUGAAUGUCUAGAAUUCACUCCUACUGGACAGAAGUCGGCUAAAAAAAAACCUGCCCCUUCGCCAUCUUCAAAAAAUCGUGUUCCUCAACGACGUACCAGUGUUCAGAUGCCUGUAGCGCAAAGUACGAGUGCUUAUACACUACAGUUAACUGAGACUGAUACGCCCGGAACUGUUACGCGUCGUCGUCGGAGCUCAAUCCAUACAGUAGUUAACAUGAGUCUAAGUACAAUGGCUCCAAAUACACCCGAUUCACGAUCGAAUGUCAACCAAACAACAUUUAGUCCAAUACCGGAAGAGAAUCGAGAAAGGACGUCUAAGCCAGCGGCUAAUCAACAAAGUCCACGGGGUGAAAAAACUCGCCUAAAAGGACGACGCACAACAUACGCCUAUAAAACCCCUGAAAUCUCCCCACAAAAGAAAACUAAAACGCCUAGUCGACGCACACUAUAUACACCGAAACCCGUAGAGGAAUCCAUUUCGGAAGUUUCGUUAACAAAAAUAAAUGAAACAUCCAAAGUACUUGACGAAAACUUAUUGCGAUUCGCUCUAACGCCAACCACUCUAUUAGACAACAAAGGGAGUUCACAAGAAAAUGAACAUAAAAACGAUGAAGUUGGUUCAUUACUAGAAGAACAUUCAUCUACAAUGGUGUUCAGUUCUACGCGCCUGCCUAGCACUAGUCGAAGACGUACACUGUUCGACGUUUCCAUGGACAUAAUACAACAACGAUUGCACAACAUAAAUAAUUCUGCAAGACGAUCAGUGGCCAAGGAGUUGACUUACAAUGAUCAAAGUCCUAAUGUAGUUGCCUCUAAAAUUAAUAUUGAUGCCUCGUUAGGAAAAAAAUAUAGUAGCAUUGAUGGCGAAAGCAAUGUGGUAGUUACUCCAAUAACUCAUACGCCAGAAAUCAUACUUUCAACGCCCCAGACUGUUAAGAAACGCAAAUUAUUUGUGCCAAAUGAUACCUCUCUGAUUUUAUCAGCCACCCCUACAGGAUCAGCAAAGAAGAGCUCAAAUGAAGCAAGCGUAAAGCGUAGACGAACCAUGACAACGCAACCGAAGGAAAAACGUGUAGUAACAAAGCCACGCAACAGUGUCAACAUGAAUACAAAGUCACGCUCAGAAGUUAUUAUCCCUCCAUCAGCGUCACAACAAGUGCCAAAUUUGACAAAGAGUGUACCAAAAUCAGUGCCCAUGUUAAGCAAUGAGUUAGAUAACAAUGAAAAGGACGAAACACCAAAAAAUUCGUCUACAUCUCUAUCUUCAACUAUAGUAAACAACAAAAAUGAUGAAUCAUUAGCAAAAUUAAAAGGAUCGUUCAUGAGCAUAAUUUCAAGUAAUACAUCUGACACCACGGUAAAGAAACAAUUGCAACAAGACCUGGGAGUUGAUGAAAACAUCGCCAUUAAUACUCCAUCCCUUACCACGGUACCAUCACAAGCUUCCACUACGCCUUCCAUAUUGGCUGAAAAUACGAAAUUGCCAUCUGCAUCGGACUCAACACUGUCCUCAACGAGUCAAACAGCACCGAAAGUCGUUAAAAAGUCGCAAAUGAGUGAAACCCCAGACAAAGCCAAGGAUGCAGUGGUAGUGGGGUUAUCAGGUUGUUCGCAAAUAUCAAAAAAUGCACCCAGUGGCAAUAAAAAAUGGCCAUAUAUUGUAUGCACCAACAUGCAUCGGGAGCAGAUCAAAGUGAUGCGCGAGGCAAUUGAUACACUUGGUGGCCUACAACUGAAUCACUGCGUCAACGAUGAUACUACACAUGUGGUCAGUUAUGAGCCGCGUAGGACGCUGAAUUUAUUGAGAGGACUGAUACGUGGUCUCUGGAUACUAGACUAUAAAUGGAUACUAGACUCACUGAAAGCUGGCUAUUGGUUGAAUGAGGAAGACUAUGAGUUAAGAGUGUUUUCACGCGCCAUUGAGAUAUGUCGUACUGAACGACAGGCUUUUGGCAGCACAUAUAAAUGUGAACUAUUUGCGGAUUUGGGUACCUUUUAUAUAUCUUCACGUUGUGGCCCGAUAUCAAAAGAAAAUCUAAAGGAAUUAAUUGAACUAUGCGGCGGCAAGGUGGUUGAUCAUCGCAAACGCGCCAGGUACAUACUCGGUGAUCCACACAAAACAUUGGAAGAUAAAGUCUAUGUAACGCCAUUUUGGGUAUUGGAUAGCAUUACACAUAUGCAAGUGAUGCGCCAACAAAAAUAUGCCUAUGUGACCAACAAUGUUGUAAAACCUCAGCCACCAGAUCCACAAAUAAAUCCUGAGACUCUUGUUUCUACGCCACCUGUUGUAUCGGGCUGAGCAUUUACAAAUAAUAUAUUGAUGUGACAAUUUAAUAUUUACCCCUUUCCAUCGGGAAAUUGUAAAGCAUGGAAUUUUAAUGGAUAGUGUUUUUCAUAUUGCAAUCAUAGCACAUAGUAUUUUAGUCAAUAAAAUAAGUAAAUUAAAAAAUUAAUUAGAUUUUAUAUAAAUUUUGCUUGUUUUAACUUUUAAUUAAAUAAAAUUGUAAUUUAUAUGUAAAUAUUUUGACUCAACCACUCCACAGUGCACACUGGAAGCAAUUAAUUUUUCACUAUUCAGCCGUAAAAACUGUCCCCUACUUUCUAUAUAUCCCAUAAUAACUAUCACGCCGAGUUCAUACCCAAUUUAAUUAACUAAAAUAAUUUAAACGUUAAUUUAUUGACUAUUGUAGCUGAAUGAGCCGAUACAUACUCCGUUCUAACAGUUAUUUAAUUCUUAAAUUACUUGACGCAAAUGGACAUCCAAUAUUUUAUACAUGCGUUUGAAACAUUUACUUUAUUUACCACAGUACCACCGAUUCGACUACAAUGGCACCGAUCCUCAUUGGCUGUCAUUUCAAUUAUUAAACACUCUUACUCCACAGUAAAACCUUUGAUUUUUCUUAUUUAUCAAAUCUGUAUCAAAAUCCGCAUAAAAAUCGGGGAAACAGUUGAUCGUACAGCAACCAAAUAUCAGAUACAAAAUGAAUUCGACCCUUUCCAAACCAUGUAUACAAGUUCUUUAUUUUUACCAUCCAUCAUAGUGGGAUGUUAUUAACCUUUAUUUAAUUUUGUUAGGUAAAUGUUUACAAUACUUUUAGUGGUGGGUAUUGUUUUAUCUGUUUUGUGGCCGUUGGUUGCAAGGUGUUUCGUUUCAUAUAAAACUGCGUCAUCUACGUAUUUGUACUUUAUGUUACUGUUAAAAUGUCUGAAUAUUGUACUGUUAAAAUUAAAUGCAAUGUAUUGUGCAGUCACUGAAUAAACAAAAAAAAACGAGAAGCACAAACUAAAUAGACGAGCUGAAAAACUGAAAUAAAAAAAUAUCGAAAUGAAAGUUAACAAAUGUAUAUUCCAAUUCCCUUCACUGUAUAAAUAGAAUACAAUCCAAUUUAUUUUUUUGUUUUUUUUUUCUUUAUAAAAAAAGAAUACAAAAAUGUGUUUUUAUUUUUUUAAAUAGUGGUUCAUUUUAUAUUAUGCUUUUGAAUGUUCUUGAUAAAAGCAAUAGUAGUAUUGUGCUUUAAACGCUACAGAGAAGAGAUAGAGGAAUGAAUUCCAACAAAUAAUUAAACAUUAAAAGUAAUUAUAAAACUAAAGAUACAAAUGCUUUGCUUAAAAAGAUGUUUCGUGUUUAUGCUGUCUUGUAUUGGUAAUGGCUAUUGUGCAUGUUUAUGUGUAUGUGCCUACCACAUUGUAUAUACUUUGACAGCGCCGAAGGCACACAUUCCUUUCCUACGAAACUCUUUGCGAUGGAAGCAAUGGAACUUUUGAUUAAUCAUUAAUGUUAAAUUCAGUUGGAACACCGCUCCGUUUUCCUUACUGUUGCUGAUUGUUUGACUAUUGUUACUAUCGUACUUGGAAUAUGUCAAGCUGUUGUUGUUGCUAUUGAUUUUAUUUAUUAAUAACUGUUGGUCUUUAUAGUCGUUAGAACGCAGCUACUUCUUGCCCUUGGUGGCCUUUUCGGCGGCCUUGGUUACUUUGCCACCGGAGGCAUCCUUGAAGUUCACACUCUUGAUGACACC